AUGUGGCUAUUUUUCUGUCUUAAGGUAGCGGCCUUGUUGACCAAUAUCAGCUCUUCUCUUGCGCUAUGUACAGCACUGACCGAAGCGGAGUGUGAUCCGUGGACGAAGAACGAUUUUCUGCUGAAAUAUGAGCAGGCUUUGCGUACCCUUGAACCGCAGCUCAAUGAUCAUAUGGUCGAAUCCGUCCCGCCAUCGAUGCUUAUUUCACAAAUUACGUCUGAUGCAAAUGUUACCGCUUUGGACAGGUUAUCAGAUUACGGUUGCGACCGCGAGCGAUUCGUUGAAGAUCCUGAGUAUCGAAAAGAGUCAAUUAUAGGACUAGCCAUGACUGAAGAUGAAGAAAUGUACGCUGAUGCUCUUCGGCUGGCUGAAGACUUCAAAAUGAAUGACUGGCCAGUACAUUUCGCCUCGCUGGAGAAUGCACUUACUUCGUAA